GUGAGGGAAACAACACCAGCUGUACGGCCUCUCUUCCUCCGUCUUCCCCAUUUCGCACUUCAAGAAUCACUCAUUUUACCGUUCCCUGCCACUUCUCCUUCACUGUUAGCCUCUCUGUUUCCGAUCUCUCCCUCUCCCUUCUUACUCGACCUCAAGCUUUGAUACGCUUCAGUGGGGUUCUUAGUGAAGCCUGACUCUUAGGAGAGGUUCCGUCCCUUUCUCCUGUAGCUAUUUUUGGCUCUUUCUGCUGCAAUGCUGUUCGAUUUGAGUUGAGAGCGUUUGUUUCUUUCACAAAGAUUUGAGCUUGACACAAGAUUCAGGGUGCGAACUCAAUGCUGAGGUGCUGCAGACUGGUUGUUUACAAAGGGAAACGUCAAAUUCGUGGCAUAGUAGAAGUUAGAUUUUGAGAUCUAAUUGUGUUCGUUUAGGUUUUGAAGAGUUGAUGGGGAUGGAGAAAGUGCAUUUGAUUUAGAAAACCACACUUGGUGGAGCGAACGAGAAGCGAACUUAGAUUCUCUCCGUAGGGGGCUUUGCGCAUUCAUUUGUUUGCCUCAUUCUGUACGUGAGUAUUAAUCCGUGCCUGGGUUGGUUGGGUUUGGAUUUUAGAGGAUGAAUCGCAGUUUCAGGGCGCAGGAGUCGCAAAUGCAAGCGGCUUUAAAGCAGAGGCAGCAGCAAAUGGGGGGAUUAAGGUCUUCGAUGAUGAAGGAGAAGGAUGAGGAACUUGCAUUAUUCCUGGAGAUGAAAAAGCGCGAGAAGGAACGUAGUGAUCUUCUGCUGCACAGCUCUGAGGAGUUCGACGCACCACUAAGUUCAAUAGGCUCAAAUGCGGGUACUUCACCCAUAUUUAAUAUUGCAGCAUCUACGCCAGCUCCUGCACGUAAGACUGGUGCUGAUGAUUUUCUCAAUUCGGAAAAUGAUAAAAAUGAUUAUGACUGGCUUCUAACCCCUCCUGGGACUCCUCUUUUUCCUUCUCUGGAGAUGGAAUCACGAAAGACUGUCAUGAGUCAGCUUGGUCCUCCAACCACACGUCCCACUGCAUUAAAAUCAAGAUUGGCAAAUCCAACCUCAGAGCCUGCUGGACGGAGCAACUUAGCAUCUAAACAACCAGCUGCCUCCCCUGGCUUGAGUUCUUCAAGCAGUGGCACACGCAGGCCCUCGUCAUCAGGAGGUCCAGGAUCAAGACCUGCAACUCCUACUGGACGCCCAACAUUGACCUCAGCUUCAAAAUCAUCAAGACCUUCAACGCCUACUUCUCGGGCCACCGUGUCUUCAAACAGGACCACAAAGCCCACGGUUUCUGCCACAAAGACUGCAGUUUCUGCUUCCAAGACCACAGUCCCUGCGGCUAAAUCCACAACUCCAUCAAGGUCCUCCACACCUUUGUCCAGGUCUACUGCUAGGUCUUCAACACCAACUUCUAGGCCUACCUUGCCUCCAUCCAAGUCCACAUCACGGGCAUCAACUCCAACUCGGCGGCCAUCAACACCAUCAAGUGCACUCACUGCUCCUUCAGUUAAGACAACUUCUGUCUCCAAGCCUGCUUCCAUGACGUCAAGGCAGCCUACUCCUGUGACAUCGAGGCAGCCAACUCCUGUGAAAUCUAGGCAGCCACUUUCGAUGGCUUCAAAGCCAUCAGUACCAUCACAUGGAACUUCGCCAACAGCAAGACCAAGACCUUGGAAGCCAUCUGAGAUGCCUGGUUUUUCUCUUGAUGCUCCUCCCAAUUUGAGGACAACACUACCUGAUAGGCCAUUGUCAGCAACUAGGGGCAGGCCCGGAGCACCCAUUUCUCGGUCCUCAUCUGUUGAGCCUGGUCCUAGUGGAAGACCUAAGAGGCAAUCAUGUUCUCCUUCAAGAGGGCGUUCUUCCAAUGGCAUGGUCCAUAUGAGUGGAAGCUCUAUGCCAGCAGUAAGCCGUGGGCACUCCAAAGCGAAUGACAAUGUCAGCCCUGUAGUAAUUGGCACCAAAAUGGUUGAGAGGGUUAUAAAUAUGCGUAAACUAGUGCCACCAAGGAUGGAUGACAAAAAUUCUCCCCACAGUAAUAUCUCAGGCAAGUCAUCUACAUCUCCUGAAAGCUCAGGUUUUGGAAGGACACUCUCGAAGAAAUCCCUGGAUAUGGCUAUCAGGCAUAUGGAUAUAAGGCGAACCAUUCCUGGAAACUUGCGGCCAUUGAUGACAAAUAUUCCAGCAUCAUCUAUGUAUAGUGUGCGGUCAGGGUCCCAACGAAGCCGGACAAUUAGCAUGUCUGGUUCUCCUCAUGCCACGAGCAGCAAUGCUAGUUCUGAAGUGAGUGUAAACAACAAUGGACUUUGCUUAGAUAGUAGUGAAGUAGAUGAUGAAAUUGGCAGUGAGAGAGGCGGCCAAUCUCCUGCCAGCGUACGAGGCAGGUAAACAGCUCACACAUUGGACAUCUCUCCGCCGAAAUAUAAUUAGGAACUGCGCUCCUAUCCCGAAUUCCAGGCAUAUUGGAUUUGGAUAUGGAACUAACCAUGUUCUGUUGUAAAGCUUAUUGGAAGUGAUUAUGUAAUCUUAUGUAUUUCAAGGAAUUUGUGACAUCAGGUAGCUCUAUUAUAUGCUGCAACGUUACUGCUCAUUUUUUUAAGCAGGCUGAGGUCUGUGCUACAUCAAAUGAAGGUUGAGCUCGUUAUGGGGAACCAUGAGACGAUCCUUCAAAGAAAUAGAUGAGAAGCGGUAUUUGAUGCUAUCAUUUGCAAUCUCUUGCUCCCCUAGACUUUCCUUCAUUGAUUUAUAAAAUUCUGAAUCUUGUGACGCGUUUUAGAUGA